AUGGCUGAAAGGGCACCGGUCUCUGCCGAGGACACGCUAGUUCGUUAUGAUAACCCUGUGUUGGUUACUAAACAAGCAGAGAGACCUGUGGCUCCAAGUUCCAACGUAUCAGCACAACCAUGUAUCCCGACAGAAGCCAAACGAGAAACCGAAGAAAUUCUAAACGCUAUUCUGCCGCCCAAAGAAUGGGAAGAAGAAGGACAGAUAUGGACACAAAAGAUUUCCUCAACUCCAGCGACGAGGUUAGACGUGAUAAACCUACAAGAGAUGUUGGACACGCGCCUGCAGCAGCGGCAGGCGCGGGAGACCGGCAUCUGUCCCGUGCGACGCCAGCUCUACACGCAGUGUUUCGAUGAACUUAUACGACAGGUGACAAUAAACUGCGGUGAAAGGGGUCUCCUCCUGCUAAGGGUACGCGACGAAGCGAGGAUCACCAUGGAAGCGUAUCAGACCCUGUACUGCAGUUCCAUCGCAUUUGGCAUGAGGAAAGCGUUACAGUCGGAGCAAGGUAAGUCGGACCUGAUGGACCAAGUAGCCAAGCUAGAAGCGGACAGAUCAUCGCUGGAGAAGUUGUGUUCAGAACUGAAGCAGAAGACGGAGCAACUGGAACGGCGCGCGGCCGAGCUGCGCGCCGCCGAGGAGAAGCGACACCAGGAGGAACUGUUAGCGUUGAAGAAGACCAACGCACAGUUGAAGGCACAACUGGAGGGCAUCAUCGCACCCAAGAAAUAA